UUCUCGAAAUAAACAUAAACAAAAAUAGUUUUACUGUUACCACGAGUUUCGUCGCAGAAACUAGUUGUAUGUCCGAUUCAAAAAUGAAUAAGCAGUUUCAAAAUCCAAAGGCACUACUUAGCGGUCGCGAUAUGCUCGAACAUCACCUAGGUAAUUAUGAUCUAAAAACCCGGCUUGACCGUUUUGUACUACCGGAAGAUGAAAUACAACACCAAGAGUAUAUCUCUCAAAUGAAAGGCGAGCUUUAUUUAAUGCUCGCCCAGCAGCGUGUCGGUAAAGCAGAGACAUACUCUACUGGCGAGUGGAUGACUGAUAGGAGGCGCGUGAAAAUCACAAAAGCCGUUGGCAAAUGGAACAUUUUUGGGUAUAUUGAAGACCACAGUCGUUUCUUGGAAGGAUAUGAAGCCCUACAUCUGAUGGAAUUGAACAGAUUAAUAGUCUACUGGAACUCGGUGGUAGUAUCGGUGGAGCAAGCUUAUUCCAUUUUUCUCGGAUAUACUGGUUCACUUAGCUUAGAAGAGUAUCAGGUGUACAAUACGAUGAUGAGAGCAGGAUUUUACCUAUUGAAAUGCGACUCAAAUCGAACUUAUGAGACUGUACAGGUCAAAGAAUUGGAUGUAGAAGAACGGUGCAUAUGGAGUAAUCUGUAUGAUAUGCUGAACCAGCCAAACCUUUUGAUGCCUGAAGGAUUGGCUAUAAUGAUUACAUUGCAUGUGCAGUGUGCACAUCUCACGAAUUCAACCAUGACUGCUAACUUUGUUAACUAG